UUGCUUCUGUGUGUCACUAGCAGUUGAUGCCUCAUGAGCAUCUGAGGUCCAUUACUGAGCACUGCAAUUUUCAAUACGGAGUCAUGCCUAUGUGCCGAGGUUUCACAUUACAGGUUAUCUGCGUUAAAAUAACAGCAGUCCUAAGCAUUUGAGUCAGUUUUUAAAACAUCCUUGCUAUUGGUAGGGAUGUGACAGGAUUACGGCCAAGACUUCCCUGCAUAUUCUGCCAAAAUCUGUGUCAGAUUUAAGACACAUGCUCCUGCAAGCUUCCAUGAGGGUUGUGAAAAGAGUUGGAAUCCAGAAUUGGGUUCCAGCUUUUCUGUAGCUGCAAACAUUGGUGGCCACACCACCUCUUUAUAAAGCAGCUAGAACUUGGGGCAUAGGGUAGAGAGAUUUUUUUUUUAAAAAAUUGCUGGGCAUGAAAUGGAUUUAGAGUGCUUUCUCAUUGCAAGGGAAAACAUGUCCACCUCCUAAUUAUUCUUGGAGCAUGAGAACAUUUAAAAAUUUUUUCAUCGCUCUAUCUGCAUAAGAUUGUGCAAAAACGUACCUUGACUAAUCAUUUCAUUGGAUUUUUAUCACAACUGAUUGUUUUUCCAUGUGAAAUCUUGGGGUUUCGAACGUUCCUUCUGGAGAAUGCCUUUUGAAACAGUUUUCUCUAGCUAUCUAUUGUCAACUACUUGGUAAUCAGUGGGUAUUAAAGUGUUCAAAAUGUACAGACAGUGGGCAGUGGUGAAUAUUUUCAUGAUGUUUUAUCUGCAAUUGGUGCAAGACUCCAGUGAUGAACAUGGAUCAAUGAAGCGGUCCCUGUUAGAACAAUCUGAACAGCAGAUUAGGGCAGCUUCUGGCUUGGAGGAACUGCUGCAAAUCACACACUUCGAGGACUGGAAGCUGUGGAGAUGCCGACUGAAGCUGAAAAGUUUUACCACCCCGGACUCUCGCUCAGCAUCCCAUCGGUCCACCAGGUUUGCGGCAACUUUCUAUGACAUUGAAACAUUAAAAGUUAUAGAUGAGGAAUGGCAAAGAACCCAGUGCAGCCCUAGAGAGACGUGUGUGGAGGUCGCCAGUGAGCUGGGGAGGAGCACCAACAGGUUCUUCAAACCUCCCUGUGUGAACGUUUUCCGGUGUGGCGGCUGCUGCAAUGAAGAGAGCGUCAUCUGCAUGAACACCAGCACCUCGUAUGUUUCCAAACAGCUCUUUGAAAUAUCAGUGCCUUUGACAUCAGUGCCCGAAUUAGUGCCUGUUAAAGUUGCCAACCAUACAGGUUGUAAGUGCUUGUCAACAGCUCCCAGCCAUCCAUACCCCAUUAUCAGAAGAUCCAUUGAGGUCACAGAAGAAAAUGGUUGUUCCCAUCCCAAGAAACUAUGUCCUAUUGACAUGCUAUGGGAUAGCAGCAAAUGUAAAUGUGUUUUACAGGAGGAGAAUCCACUUGCUGGAAUGGAAGACCCCUCUCACCUUCAGGAACUGACCCUCUGUGGGCCGCACAUGAAGUUUGAUGAAGAUCGUUGCGAGUGCGUGUGUAAAACAACCUGUCCCGCAGAUCUCAUCCAGCACCCAGAAAACUGCAGUUGCAUUGAGUGCAGAGAGAGUCUGGAGAGCUGCUGCCGGAAGCACAAGGUAUUUCACCCAGAUACCUGCAGCUGUGAGGAAGGAUGCCCCUUGCACACCAGAAUGUGUACAAAUGCUAAACCAGCCUGUGCAAAGCAUUGCCGCUUUCCAAAGGAGAAAAGGCCUACCCCUGAGCUCCACAGUCAAGAAAAUCCCUGAUUCAGCUUUGUUCCCAAGUUCCUCCUCCCUCAUUUUAAACAGCAUGCCGCUUUGCCAAGUUGCUGUCACUGUUUUUCUUUUUUUCCAGGGGUUGGAAAAAAUUCAUUUCACAUAGUACCGGGUGAAUCCAAACCAAUCUUCCAUUAAAGAGCAGCUGAGGGUUCCCCGGUUCCUUGAUAGAUAUCUUCUCUGCACACCAAGGAGUGGAGAAGAGGGAGCCUGUGUAACCCUUUCUGUUUGGUGAAUGAAAAAGGUUUGAUCAUCAUGGAAUGAUAAGUGCUUUGUCACUGAUUACUCACAGCAGAUGAGGCAAUUUGAAUAGUCUCUGAGUCCUUUGCUAAUUGCAACUCUCUUGUGAAUUAUUCUGAUUCUUCCUUAUGCAGAUUUGAUUCAUAUGAUCAGCACUGAUUUUCUGAUUACUGUCCAGCUUGUAGUUUUGAGUUUACCAAACUCCUGUCUGUUGUUUCAUAUUUAAGUGUAUUUAAAGAAAAUAAACACCAUUAUUCAAGCCA